AUGAAGUCUGAGGAUGGAAAAGUACUAGUGAAAUAUUGUUUGGAUUUCCAGGAUAUAAACGAGUGUCAUUCAAUACAAGCAGCAUCGGGAAAUGACGAUUCAUUCGUAACGUCACUGACCAAUGUAGAUGUGUCGCUUCCAAGUAAUUCCUCUGGUAGUUAUGUGACAGCUUUUUGUGAAAGUGUUGGUUCCAAUGAAAUGUUCAAUAGUAUGUCUCCAGCUGCAUCUGGUCCUGAAGAUGUAGAUGGAAAGUCCAGGAGACAAGGAAGUUUUGACGCCGACUCCGGAAAGGGUGGUUCACCUCUGCCGCCGCAACAUAUCGAUGUUGAUAUUUCGGAUUUGGAAAUACAUGAUGAACAUGUAAAAUUAAAAAAGUAUGAAGCUUCAGAAACGGUGACGUCAACAUUGCUCUCUCAGGUGUCACGGAAAGGUUCACUCGAAUUGUUGAAUAAAGGAACUCGAAAUAUACGAACCAUCUUGGAUGAGCUUCAAUCGGAGGCAGUUAGUGAUGAUGUAAAAGCGAAAAAUUUGGCUUCUUUGAACCGAGUUAUACUUCAGUGCAAAGACUACAUGCAACGCUAUUCAGUACGGCAAGAUUUAAUGUCGUUGGGUCUAUUCAAUGCAUUACCUAGCCUGAUUGAGUCACGAAAUCGAGGAGUAGAAUCAGAACUGGAAAUAUUUUUCGCUAGUGAAUCCAAUGAUAAUCUGGUGGGCAGUGGUACUCGUCAUCCAAUCGAUAUCUUUCAAAAAGCAUAUGUGAAAGUUAAGCACUCAACGUCAGCUGAGAUUUUGCUGGAUAUACUAGAGCUUAUCGCCAAAAUUCAACCAAGUGGCAAAAGACUAUGGGGUGUACUCCAUUAUCUUCAAAGAGGUCACAUGCGGAACGCAGGAGUGCAAACUGAAAUGGUAACAGAAAACGACUCAUGUGAUACUGCACCUUCUCAAAAUGUUGCCAGAGGUACUAAUGUUCAAGAUCACCUAGUGCUUAACAAAUUCUCGCCAAUACCACAGACAAUAAGACGACCUCGAUCGACUUCUCGCAUGAAACGCCGUAGUGGAAAUCGGCAGAUCGAAAUGGCAAAUAUUCCAUUCAUAGAUGAUGAUACUGCUACAGUACCUUCUAGCACGAAAUUAGAUGAAAGGAAUGAGGAGAAAAAUCACAGUUUAAAAGAAUCGCCAAAAUCACUACAAUAUCUACUACCUACUAAGAAACAAAGUACAGAGAAGCCAGCAAUUGCUUCUAUACCUCCUCCACCUCCUCUACCUCCACCUGCUCCUGAGUUUCUGAAUACUUCACUCGUAAGACAAAAACCGGUUACUGGAUCACCAGUUGUCGUCAAAUCAGUUUCCAUUUAUAAGAAGAAAUGUGCAACCAAUACAGUUGCAUGGGAGACGGUCAAGCCGGAGAUGAUAGUGACACGGUCGACCAUAUGGAGUGAUCAGGGUGGCAUUUAUGCUGAAUUUAAUGAGCAAGAACGCGAACGGCUAGAAAAAGUUUUUGAACGAACACAUCCAUGCAGUUCUCGUAUUACCGCAACUGAAGAGCGAACACGAAAUAUCAGUGUUGAUCAUAAAAAAGAAGCUGCCGCAAUUGGUGGUAUUACGGAAAAGCGGGCGCUCAAUUUGGGUAUCGUCCUUGCGAGAUUUCGUCCACUUACAUUGGAACAAUUGGUACGAAAAAUGGAAUCGCUUGCAAUUAAUGAUCUUCCUCUCGACUAUUUAGCUUCUCUUCUAAACCACUUUCCAUCGCCUGAGGAGCUCACGUAUUUUGCAAAAGUGAAGACCGCCGAUAACCUGAAAGAUGCCGAAUUAUUUUGUUUCUUAGUUGCACGAAAACCAUUACUGAAGUUGCAUAUCGAAUUGAAAGUUCUUGCUGACAACAUUGUGAAUGAUCUUGCACGACAGCUUGAUUGCACCCGCCUGCUUCUGACCGCAACCAGUGAACUUCACAACUCUACCUCCAUCAACGUCUUUUUUCAUCGCUGCUUGCAGUAUGGGAAUUUCCUCAAUCAAUCAACUUUCGCAGCUGGUGCUUCUGGAUUUGCACUCUCAUCAUUGUUGCCUGCUCUGAAUACAAAAGGAAAUGGUGUAACAGCUAAUACACGUCUUGUUGAUGUUUUGGCGGAAUAUGCUGAUGAAAGUUUACGAGCUGUUGUGAAAGUCCUGGAUUUUUUGGAACCUGCAAGGAAAUAUUCGAUAGACGACUUGGAGAAAUCAGAAGCAUCACUUCGUCGUUCUUUGGAAAUAUCAUUAAAAAGUUUGCAGGAAUGUGGUGAUCGUGAACUUUAUGGUCACUAUUCCCCCAUCAUUAUGGACUCCACGGCAAAAUGUGGGCAGUUAGCACGAUCUAUCAAAAAAGUACGCAAUAAUGAGAACUGCUUGAAAGAAUAUUACUGUGCUUCCCAGUUCAGUUUGGAAAAUAUCCUUGAAAUCCUGAGCCAGGCUCUCAGACUUUUCCAGGACUCGCUUAAUAAAGCAGAAACACGUGCCGCUCGUGCUCAGCGGAUGCAACAACAGCGUAUUGAUGCUGGUCACGAUACCGUUGCUGUUCGCGGAAAUAGAUGUCGAAGAAAUGGUCGAAUUAGAACCUUUGAACUCCCAAAUGUGAAGAAUCUUAUUGACAUAAUUAAUUCAAAUGAAUGCCGUUAG